AUAUUCGCUACGCCGCCUGAGAUAAACACGCUUCCGCCACCCGACCACUUGAUCCUGAUCCCGAUCCUGAAGCGCCACUCCCGAGCACAGCACCCAAUACGAUCAUCCAUCCUCGUCGCCCGAGACAGACCGGCAAGCAGCCAAGAUUCCGCCAACACUGAGCUGCACGACCUCCAAGACGGCAUCCAGCGCCGGACCUAUGUCAGUGCUAAGCCAGCUGCUGCUCAACUUCAACCAGAAAGCCCAGACCAGGAGCCACCACAACAUAGAGCUGAUAAAUUCGUUCAUAACAUAACGAUAAGCCGACCUGCUCCUGCUUUACCUGAUCUAUCAUCGUCCAACGUUGGGGAGAAAUUUGCAAACAUUUUUUACCGGAAGAGAAAAAAGAAAUCAAAUCAAAGGAAAAUGAAUUUACAUGUGUGCGCCUUAGCGCUGCUGCUGUUCGGCAGUAUCGCCACUGUCCGCGGAAGAGCCGUGGACCUGGUAGACGAUAGCAACGACGUGGAUAACUCCAUCGAGGCGGAGGAGGAGAAGCCACGCAACCGAGCCUUCGAAGCCGACUGGCUCAAGUUCACCAAGACGCCGCCGACGAAGCUGCAGCAGGCCGAUGGAGCCACCAUCGAGAUCGUUUGCGAGAUGAUGGGCUCCCAGGUGCCCAGCAUCCAGUGGGUGGUGGGUCACCUGCCCCGCUCGGAGCUCGAUGAUCUGGACUCCAACCAGGUUGCCGAAGAAGCGCCCAGUGCCAUUGUGCGCGUCCGUUCGUCGCACAUCAUCGACCACGUGCUGAGCGAGGCCCGCACCUACACGUGUGUGGGACGCACUGGCUCCAAGACCAUCUAUGCCAGCACUGUGGUGCAUCCUCCUCGCUCCUCUCGCCUGACGCCGGAGAAGACCUACCCGGGUGCCCAGAAGCCGCGCAUCAUUUACACCGAGAAGACGCAUCUGGACCUCAUGGGCUCCAACAUUCAGCUGCCCUGCCGCGUGCACGCCCGUCCCCGCGCCGAGGUCACCUGGUUGAACAACGAGAACAAGGAGAUCGUCCAAGGACAUCGCCACAGGGUGCUGCCCAACGGCGAUCUCCUGAUCUCCGAGAUCAAGUGGGAGGACAUGGGCAACUACAAGUGCAUAGCCCGCAACGUCGUCGGAAAGGAUACCGCCGAUACCUUCGUGUAUCCCGUACUUAAUGAGGAAGACUAAAGAUCCUACCACCAAAUAAGAAACAAAAGGCUAUUGGAUUGACGACGGAAAUUCAUCUAGUUAGUUAGAUAGAUCAAAUGCCUUCGAAGAUGCGUGAAAAGAAAAGAAAUAUGCUUAGAAAAAAUACACAAAAAAAAACCAAGAAAAUAUGAUG